AUGCCUAGGAGCAAAGUGAAGCUUGCUUUCAUAGAAAACAAGAAGGCAAGGAAAAGCUCCUUCAUGAAAAGAAAGGAAUGCCUGAAGAACAAGCUGAAGGAGUUGUGCACCCUAUGCGGCAUCAAGGCAUGCACCAUCAUUUAUAGCUCAUACGAACCUGGACUCGAGGUGUGGCCCGAAGACAACACUGCUUUCCAAAAUGUGUUGAACGCGUUCCUUACGAAGUUACCCAUGGAGAGGAACAAGUUUAUGUCCAAUCAGGAUAGCUACGUUAAAGAAAGGAUCAGCAAGGCCGAAGGUCAGAUCAAGAAGCAGAUCGUGACGACCCGGGAUUUUGUGAAGGUAAACAUGAUGUCAGAAUGCUUGAGUGGUAAAGUCUCACUUGCUGGCUUGAACUCAAAAGAUUUGAAUAAUCUUAGGUCAUUCGCUGGUCAUAAACUGCCAGAAAUUGAGGAGAGGAUUAAGGUUCUCAAAAGUGAUGCCCCUGCAUCACAGUUGCACUUUAUAAAUAGUAUAAUAGUUAACGGUUACAAUUGUUUGACAAUUAACAAUUGA